AGGGCAGUCACUCCGCUCGCUGGCGGGCUCCUCUUCUGAAGUGGUAGAGAUGGCAGUGAAGUUCACCCGCACCUUCGCCGCACUCUGCUGUUUAACCCUCUGGGGCUUCACUGGGACUUCAGAUGCUAUGUAUGUACCACCACCUCAUUCGACCACGAAACCUGGCUCCCCUGUCCCAAUGGACACCGACAACCCUGGUGUUCGCAAGGCAGCUCGCUUUGGGGUUUACAGAUACAACAACAGUUCCAAUGACCUCUUUCUGUUUAAGGAAUCACAAAUAAGCAAAGCCAUGGUACAGAUUGUCAGAGGGCUGAAAUACAUGCUCCACGUGGAAAUCGGACGCACUACGUGUGAGAAGAGGGAGCACUCCAACCUGGACAGCUGUCACUUCCAGAAGAAAAAAAACCUCCAACAGAUACUGAAAUGCUAUUUUGAGGUCUGGAUUACACCUUGGUUACAUAAAGUCCACGUCCCCAUUGCUCUUUGUCACUGACUCACCUUUCCCACGAGUGCCUGACUUGCAGGAGAUCUACCACCAUGAUUUAUUUUUUUUUUUCCUUGCCUGGAUUGUUGAGGCCAAAACUGAAGCGAGGAUCGGCUGAACAGAAUCGCCACAGAACUUUUCUCUCAAAGCACAUGGUUGUUUUCCUCUCUUGGAAAGAUGCUCAAAAUCUGAGUGACAAAGAAAAGACCUGCCUUGACUGCAUUUAUUGUUAUCCAGCUGUUUCUCUUUU